CCUCUUGUCAUCCGCCACAUUCAUCACUCGGCACCACCCACAAGUGGGGCAUUUCAUCAACAACAUCCACUUAUCUCCAUCUCGGCUUUCUUCAACCUUUCCCCUCCUCCUCGACUACAUCACACAACAUGUCGGCGCCCACUCGUGACGUCUACCUCGCACAGGAUUUCAACCCUGCGUCAUUGCGGGUUCCUCAGCUCCGUUCCAUCCUCCACGAACACGGCGUCCGCCACUCAUCAGCGGCCAAGAAGGCCGACCUAGUGGCCUUGUUCAUCACCGAGAUCCAACCUCGCGCCGCGAUCAUCCUCGCCCAGGACGCGCGUGUGCGUCCUUCCGCGACGGGCAUCAUCGCCGUCUCGUCCACUGGUGACGAGGCGCCCGUGACACCAGUCGUUGGCAAACGUCCUCGAGGCCGGCCGAGGAAGACGGCGACUUCUGCCAGUGAGGAGCUCAAGGCCGAGGACGACAUGUCAGAAGUCCCAGCCAAGCGCGCACGGUCACGCCGCUCAACCGUCGACGUCUCCGACGCAGAGCCCGCCCCCACGCCAGCCCCUAGGAAGAGAGGCCGUCCCCCCAAGAAGGUCAAGGAGGUCAUUGCAUCGGACGAGGAGAGCGACGUCAGAAUGGAGGAUAUCCAGGAAGCACCAACUCCGCCCCCAAAGGCGAAGGUGCGGCGCAAGUCGGUCAAGCACGAAGUGCCCACUCGGGAACCUGUCCCCGAUGUUCCCGCCACUGCACCGGCCGCUGUGCGCAAGCCGCGCUCUUCCUUCCUGCCGCCCGCUCCCAGGCCCGAGGACCACACGACGCCUCAGCGCCCGCGGCGCUCUUCCAACGCCGAGGACAACAGCUCUCCCUUUUCCGACUACAACCCGUUCCAGGCUGGCAGUGCUGAAGCUGCCGAGGUUGCGCGUCGUCGCCGCAAGUCUUCCCUUGGCUUUGGCGAGAAUAAGCGCAAGGCUCCGCGCCCAAGCGAAUGGACUGCCACUUCGCAGCCGUCUGCCUCCAUUCUGCGCAAGGUGGGCCCGUCAAAUGAGAACCUGCGUUCCCCAGCACCGCCAAAGAUUGCAUAUGCGGAUGAGGUCGCUGAGGCCGACGCUCAUAAUGCGAUUGUUGAGCGCAAGUUUGGGGAGGUAACCCAGUCGUAUCCGGAUGACGCCCCGAUCACCGUCACCACAUCUACGAAGAUGGUGGAGAGGCCGAAGCGUAAGGCGAUUAUUCGGCGCAAGCCCAAGCCCAGCGGAAGCACACUGCCGUUGUCGCUGUUCAGCCUCCUCAUUUUCAUCUUAUCCGCCCACUACAAAUCUAUCUCCACGAGCAACGGUUUCUGCGACAACAAUAGCAACACCAACAGCGUCAUUUUGGGGCGCGAGCUUCCAAUCAAGGCAGCACAGGAGUGCAUGAUUCAGCGUGCGCAGUGGCAAGCGGAUCACCCAGAUGAGACCCCCAACAUCACUUGCGACGUGGCGUCAUUGCCCCUUGUUCCCUUCGUUCCCCGCCCCACAAAGUGUGUACCGUGCCCGGCAAACGCGCAAUGCAGCAGGGGCGAAGUCGUCGCAUGUGAUCCAGAAUAUCUGCUCAAACCGAGCUUGCUGGCGCCAAUCUCACCUCUUUUGGACGGGUGGCCGUUGAUGCCGCCUCGUGUCUUCACGCCGAAGUGCAAGCCUGAUACUGCGCGCAUGCGCCAGAUCGGCCAGCUUGCAACACAAAUGGAACGCUUCCUCGCCAAGCGCCGGGGCACCAUCGAGUGCUCCAGCGCGAGUGUCGAUCUCACCGUCGGACCUGGUGUGCGAUACGGUGUGUCAGAGAAGGAGCUUCUUAACACUUUCGCCGAGCGCCGCGUGGACUCCAUCGAGCGUGAAGACUUCGAUGACAUGUUCCAGCGGGCUAUCACCGACCUCGUGGCGCACAAAGACCUCGUUGAGUCCAUCGAUGAAUACGGCACGUCGUACUACACGUCUGCUCGCUCUGAUAUGUCGAUGGCGUGUCACGCCAAGCUCGAGGCGCUGCACCUUCUCGACCAGUGGAAAUCGCAGCUCGGCGGCACCGCAGCCGUCAUCGCCCUCAUAUUUGGGCUGCGCAACCGCAUCGAAGCGGCCCGCACCGAACACAAGCAGGUGCGCGAGUACACGGAAAUGGCUGUGCGUCGGCUUCAGGACCAGGAGUACCGCCACUUCACCGACCCCGUGCAAAACCCCACCUCGUAUAUGCCGCCAGCGCAGCUGCGUGACGUGAUCCUCCCAGCUUCACUGCGGCAGGGCACCAAGCAGCGCAUCUGGUCAAAGGUCGAGGCCAAGGUUGAGGAGAACGCCAACGUCCUUGUGCGUGAACGCGAGGUCAAGGGAGACGUGUGGAAGACGUGGGAGUGGAGCGCGAUUGGGGGCGGCCGCGCUGUCGAGCCAUCUAGCCCUGCGCUCGCGAUCGAGACUGGACCACCCGCCUUUUGAGAGUUAUACCCCAAUCUAAUGCGUGUGUGACAAUGUACAUUAUGCGUGCCAUCUAUGUGUCUAU